AUGAUAAUAGGUUCAACGGGUGAGGGCAAAAGUAGUCUUGUUAAUAUGAUUAUACGUAAGGACGCAGCUAAAGUCGAUGACGGUGUCGACGGAUGUACAUUUGAAUGUGAAGCUUACAAAACAGAACAUAACAGCAAAAGCUACUCGAUCAUCGAUACGCUGGGUUUAGACGGAUCCGAACAAGGAGCAACACCACACUGGAAAGCUGUGAAACAGCUUGUGAAGUUCGUAAAAUCGAAUAGUGACGGCUUUAACUUAUUCAUCUUUGUUAUGCGAAAAGGUCGCAAGAAAGCUUCCUUCGACUACAACCACAAUCUAUUUUUCAAUACACUUUUUGAAACAGAUAUACCUGCCAUUCUCUUCAUAUCUGGUUGUGAACGUGACGAACCAUUGGAUAAAUGGAUCACAAUCAAAAGUAAUGCUGACGGAUUCAGAAAACACAAAUUCGCAAACAUAUUAUGUGGAACCACUUUAAGUGACCCUAUUUAUCAAUCCGAGUGGAAUCUGACGUAUCAGGAAGUCUGGAAAGCUAUAGAAUCAACACAAUUGUCUCGGCCACGCACAGUAAGGGUACGAUUGAGUAUUAUUGAAAGAGCCGUUAACAUUAUUUUUGAAUUCUUUCAUAAGGAGCAGCCCUUUGCUCUGCCACUGACCAAUUCUACUAGGCUAGAAAGAGACUUAUGGAACAUGGGCUUUACUGAUACAAUGGUCAAAGAUAUUAUUAAUUCAAUCAAACCUGAUGAAGAAAUUCAAGAGAUUAAUAAAUGAGAUCUAAUCACACGACAGAGACACAUACUGAAUCCUCCAAUUCUGGUGCAUCCGAACAGAUGCUACCGGAUACUACUGACUGUGGAUAUGGGUGUGGGCGUAGGCAUGUGCGAUGUGUAGAGGAUUAUAUGAGUAACAACUACACUAACAUCCUAACUGUUAAAAUUUGUUUUAUUUAUGGUCUGAGUUCCUUCUCGAGAUUUUGAGGCGAAUGGCGGUGAUCAACGAUGCUGAUUCCGAAUAUGCGACGCUUAUUCAGCGAGAACACAUUCUUCAAAACUCAUUUGCGGUAAUAUUUAGUUGUCUGGUGUGGGUGUGGGUGUGGUUGUGGGUGCAGUGUGGGUGUGGGUGUGGGUGUGUCGGUGUGGGUGGUGUGUGGGUGUGGGUGGGGUGUCGGGGUAGGUGUGGGUAUGGGUGUGGGUGGGCCUACGUUGAUGGGAUGGACACGGGGGGCGGC